UAAUAAUCCACAACGCUCAAAAACCGUAUCUGCAACAACUUCUCAGGAAACAAUUCAUCGCUACCAAAAUCAUGACGAUCAUAGAGAUGAGAGUGCACAUGGAUUGCGCAGGAUGUGAAAGCAAGGUCAAAAGUACACUUGAAAAGCUUAAAGGUGUGGACGAGGUGGAGAUAGACAUGAAGUUACAGAAGGUGACGGUGACGGGGUGGGCGGAUCAGAAGAAAGUUCUGAAGGCGGAGAAGACGGGGCGGAGGGCGGAGGUGUGGCAGCUGCCGUACACGACGGAGUUUCAUGAAGGGCAAUUCUUUCAGCAGCACCAUUGUAAUGGACCAGUGAACUUAUACACCUCUCAGCCAAGUUCGUCCUAUAACUACUACAAGCAUGGCUAUGAUAGCUGCGAUCCUCGUUAUUAUCAGUAUCCUUCUCAUUCUUCUGUCAUUGGCCAUCAAGCUGGUGCUGCUUUCAGUGACGACAACCCUCACGCCUGCUCCAUUAUGUGAUCCUUCAUCUUCCAGCCUCGUACUUUGAAUCUCCAAAACUGAUUAACGUUGCUUUCCAUUUUACUUGAUGAUUUAAUGCUGAAAUAGGGAUCAGUACCAGAAUUAAUCAAUCUGCAGUACCUAGUUCUUCAGUUUCUGCAUAGGGUAAUUGUGAAUGGUUUGUGUAUAUGUACCGCCUCUGUUUUUUAGUUUCAGCGGUGCGUACAACAAUGUAUCAAGGUCUUUGCUAUUAAUUGCACACACCAAAGUGAAUUGUUGUUUUAGUUAAUGUUCAGUUGAUUGAAUGGAAGGAUCGAUGAGAAACUUGUUUUGGUUAA